AUGAACGCGCCGUUGUUGAAUAUGCUUCUGCUGCCUAUCAUUAUAUUCGAGUCUGGCUGGUCCUUGCGGGCCAUGAACUUCGGCUCCCAAUUUGAGCACAUUCUCAUCUUCGCCGUGCUGGGCUCAGGGCUCGCGAUGAUCGUGGUGGCCUCCCUUAUAAUGGCAAGUUCAAGCAUUCAUGGUAUCGCCAACUGGAGGACGGCUUUGGUUUAUGCGUCCCUUAUCGCGGCCACAGACCCUGUGGCGACGCUGGCGACGUACUCCUCGUUGAAGGUUGACCCUUUCCUGAACAUCAUCGUAUUCGGGGAGUCUACCAUCAACGACGCGGUCGCCAUCACAGUAUUCAACAUUCUAAACAGUGACGCCAUCUUCGAGAAACCGCCGGGCCGCGUCCCGAUGCCGAGCCGGGGUGGUGGCGGGGGGUACCCAUUCGGGGAGGGCCUCUUCAAGUCAUCUCUCAUCGCCUCGCAGCUGCGCCCUGCGGUGGCAUCCGGGAUGUGCUGCCUGCACUCGUCCUUCGCCGGCAAAGGCUGGGGCAAGCUCAAGGGCCACCUCGGCAAAGUUCAAGGACUCGCUGCCGGCGCCAACGCCCUGGCCAGCGGCGGCGGGGGCAUGGUCGCGGAGGAGCCCCCUGGCCCCGAGGAGAAGGCGCAGCUUGCCGAGCUGGCGAAGCGCUUCGGUCUGGUUGUCCUGGACGACCCCAAGUUCUUGAACCAGGUCAUGAGAAAGGCGGAGGUGGCAGAGCAUGGGGCGCGCAGGCCGAGGGCCCUGGCCGCAGGGCGCCCGCAGCAGGCGGGGGGCGCCGUUCGCGCGGUGCCGGCGCCGCGCGAGGAGGCGAUGGCGCCGCAGGUCCUCGAGAAGGCGAGGGCGAGGGAUCAGGCAGUAGGCGCUGCCCUAGAUGCGAGGACAGGCUGGGGCAUCGCGAGGGAGGAGGAUCAGCAGAAGGCCAAGGGGGCGCCGGCCACAGGGCAGCCCUACCUGUCGCUGUUCAGUCCGUUGCACGCGGCACCGCGCGCGUUCGAGCGAAUCGAUGAGCGCCCGCGGGAAAAAGCAGCGUCGCUGAGCGAGGGGCGCAAGCGUCUCGCAUUCACGAGCCAGCUGGCACGCAGCCAAAGGCGCCGUGGUGGGCGCGUGUUUUCCGAGUGCCCCUGGCCCGGGGCGCCCUGGGAUGAGCACGAUUACGCGACCUCCUGGCGGGAGGUGGGCAAGCGCUGGGCGCGGCGCGACCGGUGCGUUUUCGAUCAGACGGCCGUCAGCCCAGACGGUUCCAUGGCCGACGGCGCGUCCACGGUCAACGAGUGGCCCGCGUAG